AUGACCCAUAUUUCAACACAUGCAAUCCAGGGUGGAGAAUCCACCCAAAUUUCUCAUGGAAUGAUAAUAGAAGUACUAUCCAUAAUCAGGCAUGUCCUAGUUAUCAAGGAGAACAAAGACCACAACAGAAUCAGGGCAACUUCCAGAGUCAAGGAAACUUUCACCAACAGAAAAAUAGGCCACAAUAUCCACCUGAUGGCUAUAGCACUACAGAUUCGAAAUCAAGGAGGAUUGCCAUUCACCACUGAGGCAAAUCCAAGAGAGCAAGUCAAGGCGAUAACACUAAGGAGUUCAAAAGUCUUGCCUGAAGCUCAUGCAGAGAAGGUUAUAUUAGAGGAAGAAAAUGAGCAGUGUGAGGAAAAGGAACCUGAAAAGGUAGUCACUAAGCCUACUCCACUACCUCCUUAUAUACCGAAAAUACCAUUCCCACAGCGAUUGAAGAAGCCGAAAGAUACUUGGAAGUUUCAUCAGUUUUUAGAAACUUUCAAGAAGCUGCAAAUCAACAUCAGUUUGGCUGACGCAUUACGAGAAAUGCCACAUAAUGUCAAGUUUUUAAAAGACAUCAUCACCAACAAACGGAGUUGGGAGGCGGAUGGUACAGUACCCAUGACAAAGAACUGCAUCUCAAUUAUCCUGAGAAAUUUCCCGACAAAGCUUCGGGAUCCAGGGAGUUUUACUAUCCCUUGUACUAUUGGUAACAUGCAGUCUAUUAAUUGUCUAUGCAAUUUAGGUGCUAGUAUCAAUUUGAUGCCCUUAUCUCUUUUCCGCAGUAUGUUUGGUGAUCAACAGGUACAAGCUACUCCAAUGAUGUUACAAUUGGCAGAUCACUCUCUGAAGAAGCCACAUGGGAUUGUGGAUGAUGUUCUGGUUAAGGUUAACAAAUUUAUAUUCCAUGUGGAUUUUGUUGUCCUCGACUAUGCAGCCGACAAGUAUUGCCCGAUGAUCUUGGGGCGACCAUUCAUGAACACCGGUAGAGCUCUUAUUAAUGUACAUGAUGGCAAACUGACUUUGAUGAUUGGGGAGGAGAGCGUUGAUUUUGACAUGAAGAAAAUUACACGCCAUCCCAAUACUGAAGAGAAAUGUAUGCAUAUUGACAUGGUGGACGAGUUAGUGAUAAGUCUGAAAAAGUGUCGCACAAAGGCCGGCCCACGAAUUCCGGGCCGGCUAAGGCCUGGAAAAGUUGCGUUUUGUACAUUUUUGAAGGUUCCAGAAGUUUUGAUGAGCACUCAUAGACCUUUCAUAAGCGACACAUCUUUGAUUCACACUCAAAAAGGGAUCUUCCUUGGCUUGCACUCAAAGACAUGA